AUGGUUCUCCGAACCUCAAACUCGCCACUGACCACCGAGUUUGAUGGCUUGGUGCACCAGCAGAUGGACAAAUGGAAGGUCCCUGGGCUAUCAAUGGCAGUAGUCCACGGCCCCACUACAUGGUCAAAAGCUUAUGGAUUCGCCGAGUUCCCGGAUCGCAAGAUGACCACUGACUCUCUUUUCUCGACUUGUAGCACCACAAAAGCAUUUACCGCAGCAGCCAUGUCUCUCGCCAUCGACAAUAGCAAGAAUACUGAAUCUCCUCUUCGCUGGGAUACGCCUAUUGCAUCCAUAAUUAGAGACGACUUUGUGCUUGGGAAUGACUACAGCACAAUCCACACCACCAUAGAAGACGCCCUAUCGCAUCGUUCGGGACUAUCAACUCACGACGCUUGUAUAAGUCUAGCGCGUCCCCAGGAGACCUUGCGCGAAGCGGUCCGAAAGCUGCGACAUCUUCCCAUAGCCUAUAAUCCGCGCACCACUUUCUCGUACAACAAUAACAUGUACAUGGCAGUAUCUCAUGCUUUAGAGGAAAUCGAAGGUCGAGCUCUCGGCGAGACCCUCAAAAGCCGCAUUUGGGAGCCAUUGGGAAUGAGCGAUACAUAUUUUUCCGUGACAGAUGUAUCGCAGGACCCGUCUCUGCGUCUGCGAUUGGCGAAAGGAUACACGUGGGACCGGGACACGGGGUCCUACAUCGCAGAACCAUAUAUGAACGGUGUCGCGGUGACAGGAGCCGGCGCCAUGGUAAGCAGCGUGCUAGAAUACACCAAGUGGCUGCGCGCGAUGAUUUACCAAACGGGUCCCCUCUCCCCGCAGGGCCACGCGGAGAUCCUAAAACCACGAACGGUGAUCACAAAUUGGGACGAUCUCGUGGGACCUCCGGCACCACAUCAUCUCUAUGCCCUGGGUUGGUUUGUAUGUAGCUACCGCGGGAAAGCCCUGUACUGGCAUAGCGGAAGCUGGGCUGGGUUUGGCAUCAUGGUAGGCUUCCUACCGAGCCAGGGCUUUGGGUUUGCCAUGAUGGGCAACACGAUGAAUGCUCGAAAUGCACAAGUGGAGAUAUACAUGCACCUUCUAGAUCGGGUCUGUGGUGGAUCAGAGAUUCCUCGGUCAAUGAGUCACGCCACAACGCCAGACCUUAGCGCGAUCCAUGCCAAAUCCGAGGGAAUGGAUGACGCUAUUAAGAGACUUUAUCCGAGUCUCCCGUCUCCUGUGCUUUCCCAUUCUCUGCAGUUGAAUCAAUAUGCGGGACAGUACGAACACGCUGGGUACGGGUCGAUCACUUUCUCCUUCACCGAUGGUCAUUUGUCCGCGGAUCUCCUGGAUCGUAUUACACCGGCGCUCCUCACUCUCAGCCAUGUAAGUGGGGAGUUCUUUGUGGCGCAUUACUACCAGACCAAGGAAGUUGGUGCGCUCUCGGGUUUCUACGCAACAGAAUUCAGAGUGGGUGCCAAUGGAGUUGUUACGGCAAUCGGCAUGGAUUUGGAGCCUGCAUUGGGUGGAGAGAAGAUAUGGUUCAAUCGGAAAAACUAG